AUGAGCUCAACUACUAAUGUCGGGCCGUCUCCUAGCCGAUCACGUCGCCGUAUCCCGGCUUCAUGUGAGGCGUGCCGCGUUCGCAAGAUCCGCUGUUCCCGCGAUGCGCCACCUUGCAGUACUUGCGUGCGGCGUGGUAUUCCCGCCGAGCGCUGCGUCUAUAGUUCUGAUAGACCGUCACAUCAACCACAGCCUUCCGUCAAUAAACGACCUCGGAUUCAAGAUGAUGCGUCUUCUAGGGCUGUGAGGGACACUUCUCGGCUUUUUGAACCCCAGCCCGAUCGCCUGACAAUAAACGACACCAAUAUUCACCUUCUAUCUCGCAUUGAACAUCUCGAACGACUAUUGCGCGCAGACCAUGGGAUAGACAGAACACGAUCAUCCCCCCGGGCACCCGAACCCACUCAAUCUCUGGAAGAUUCAGAGAGACAAUUACCAGCCUUUGCGACAGGCACGCUCAUCCCAUCGGCCUCUGGACAUGUGCGAUUUCUUCCAUUUUCUUCCAGCUGGCGCUUGGUGCACCGAGAAUCUCAGGGUGUUCCAUUUCCUGAUCGAGAAAGUGCUGUUACGGAUACCCCAAGUGGGCCAUUUCCAUUUGGCGAGCACGAGACUGAAAACCGAGCCAAUUUAUUGGCAAAACUUCCCCCAAUUGAGUACUGUGACAAGUUGAAAAAUCUUUACUUUCAAUCGUUAGCGCCAAAGAAAACCAAGAUUUACCCUGUCUUACAUAGCACUUCAUUUCACGAGCAGUACGAUCGGUUCUCUCGGGAUCCAGAUCAGGCACCCUUGGAAUGGCUUGCUUUACUGUUUACCAUUUUAGGGACUGCUGUGCUUGCACUAGGCCAUAAUAGUCGUCUUCUUGAGACUUUGAGUCGCAAAACUACCCCCUGGGACCGAGUUACCGAUCUAUCUGGACGGUAUUACACCGCUGCGAUGAAAUGCCUUGAGGCAGAUCACUAUCUCUGGCGGCACAAUAUAACAACACUGCAAACGCUUCUCAUCCUCAUUUAUGGUAUCCAGCAUAGCCUUGGACAUUCCUGGACUCUUCUGGGGCUGGCGUAUCAUCUGGCAAUCUCGGUUGGUUGUCAUGUUGAUCCGGCUGCGUUUGAUUUGGACAUUGUUGUUGCCGAAGAGCGGCGUCGCUGCUGGCUAGCCCUUAUCACGCUGCUCUGUAAUCAAAACACAUCGAUGACAGGAUUCGAUAUGAACCAGACUGUAUCUUCGUCGCGCGUUCGGCCCCCCGCGGGGGUUUGGGAUGAAGACAUCGUUCAUGGACGACAGCAACCAAUAGAGAACUCUGCGAAGAUGACGCCUGUCUCAUAUCUAAUUUGGAAAUUCCGUCUCUUUCGCGUAUCAUCCGAAAUAUGUGAUCCCGUACUUCUAGCACGGCCAGAUGACCUGGCCAUUCGGCGCCGACUAGAUGCGGUCAUACGUACUGAGCUCGAUCCACUGGAGCAGAAGUAUGCUGCACUGGUGGGAACCGAUCCAUCAGUUGUUCAUUUCAAUUUGCUACUUAGCCUGGCGCAUCACCUGGUUUUGUUGCUGCAUAGUGGUAUUCUGAAUGACGCAACCUCUGGUUUGACCCAGCAUGAAUGGUCAAAAAGAUGCUGCACCGAGAGCGCGCAGCGAGUGUUGGAACUCCAUGCCGAUUUCCAACAAUUACCCCACUUUGCGCCCUUUCACUGGUAUAUCCGUGGCCGAGGCGCGUUCUACGCUUUUCACGCCGCCUUUGUCCUGUUCCUUAUUGUCUCCCUUGAGCCCGAAAAUACCUGCCCUUUGAAAGUAGUUCGACUGCUUCACGAAUGCCAUGCUCGACUCGAAGCCUCACAGACACAAAGCCGGUUAUGUGCCCGAACGGCAACGAUGCUCCGCCACAUGCUCCGAGUGAUGAGCGCUGCUAGCGCAAUGCCAGUUGAGACUGGACAAUCAGCUCCGGUUUCCGAAUACGCCAGCUCCAUCUUCCCAGAUUACCACAGUGCCAAUAUCGAUCAACCAUUGGUUGAUAGUAACAGCGUGGGCUCUUAUAUCCAGGAACCUAUCGACUUUUCGAGUCUUGUUCGCCACAUAGAGCCGCAACAAUGGACAGACCCGCUUAACAUGGACUGGGAUCAAUGGGAUGUGAUUAUGGCAUCUUUAGGAACCAUCUCUUAA